AUGCGCUUCCUUCUGCUACUCCUCCUGGGUGCGCUAUCGGUUGUUACAAACGCUCUUCCAGCUCAACAAGUUCCUCUGCUCCGCCAUGCUGCAGACAAUCGCACAGUCUCUCCCGAGCUGUUCUCCGAUCUGGAAGAACUCGCACGUGUUGUCGACAUAUCAUAUUGCGUAGGUCUCACUGGUAUAGGCAUAUCAAAGCCCUUCAAAUGUCUCGGUCGGUGCUCCGAGUUCCCAGACUUCGAACUUAUCAAGCUCAUGUCCGACUCUUGCGGCUAUAUCGCCCUGUCUCACUCGCAGACGAACCCUCGCAUUAUCGUGGCGUUUCGUGGCACUUACUCGAUCGCAAAUACUGUUGUCGAUCUCUCCACCGUACCUCAAGAAUACAUUCCUUAUCCUGGUGAUCCGGACUCGGAAGCUUCAGAGACAGACCAUGAGAAGUCAGAUACCCCACGCUGCAAUAACUGUACGGUGCACACGGGUUUCUCCAGUUCUUGGAAAGUGGCUUCGUCUGCCAUCCUGCCUGACUUGGAGGCUGCCAUCACAGCUUACCCCAACUAUGCCCUGACUCUUGUGGGUCAUUCACUCGGAGGAGCUGUCGCUGCACUCGCUGGACUAGAUUUCGUCUCGCGUGGUUGGAACCCGACCGUCACCACCUUUGGAGAACCUAGAAUUGGAAACGCUGCAUUGAACCAAUACCUCGACCAGCGAUUCAACUUACUCAGCUCCACACGCGAAGUCUGGACAAACACUUUUGACGAGCGUCAACUGCGCUAUCGUCGUGUCACCCACAUAGACGACCCGGUUCCUCUGCUGCCACUUACAGAAUGGGGAUACCGUAUGCACGCCGGCGAGAUAUACAUCUCCAAGUCUGCAUUGACCCCGGAUAUUCAAGACCUUCGGCACUGUAUUGGUGAUGAAGACCAUGGGUGCAUCGCUGGACAAGAUGGUAGUCUGUCAGCAGAGUCAACGCUGUCCAGGCGUGAUGACCUCAGAGCUCAGGUGAAACGCUCGGUGUCCGAUCUCGCCGAGGAGCGCGAGCUGGAGAAGCGAGGUAUUGGUUCCUGGGUCGUGCCUUCUCGCUACAAGUUGUGGCAGUUGUUCUUUUCCCAUCGCGAUUACUUCUGGCGUCUCGGAUUGUGCGUGCCUGGCGGGGACCCAUGGGACUGGAAUCGUGAGCCCUAUGCACCGCUUGAUGGAUAUGAGCAGGACUAG